CACGUGUACGUUCUCGAAGAAGACAAGGGAUCAAUCCGAGAGUAGUUGCCCGGAAAACGCGUCUAGUCAUGGCCAAAAUCGUUGCUACGAAGGACUUUUUCUUGUGGAGCAUGUCUGCAAUAUAUUUAUUUGCAUUUGCUUCUCUUUACAUUCAAAUUCCAGGUCUCUAUGGCGCCAACGGCAUCCUACCUGCCGAAUCCCAACUCAAAAGGAACGGCCGACACCCCGUGGCCUGCUUCCAGGAGAAGCCUACCCUUCUUUGGUUUGCUCCUGAUCUUGGUCUCUCCACGGAACAUGCAAUGGAACUCCUCUGCAUCCUAGGAUGUCUCCUCUCGAUUGUUUGCCUUGUCUCGAGGAGGAUGCGGGACAGCAUCUCUUACGGGUGUCUCUGGUUCCUCUAUCUCUCUGUGUAUCAGGUUGGUCAGACAUUCCUCUGGUUCCAAUGGGACAUCCUUCUCCUUGAGACCGGAUUCCUCACCAUCCUAGUCGCCCCUCUCCACCUCUACAAGGGGCGAGACCCUACCCCCCACCACCAUGAUGCCAUCACCCUCUGGUUGGUCCGGUGGCUUCUCUUCCGCCUUAUGUUUGCCUCGGGCGUGGUCAAACUGACCAGCCGCUGCCCGACCUGGUGGGGACUGACAGCCCUGAACUACCACUAUGAAUCUCAGUGUAUUGCUACCCCUUUGGCUUGGUACGCCCAUCAGCUCCCGGAAUGGCUCCAGAAGCUGAGCGUCGUAGCGACCUACUUCAUUGAGAUAGCUCUCCCAUUCCUAUUCUUCGCGCCCUUCAGGAGACUCAAAUUAUUUGCCUUUUAUGGACAGAUGCUGCUACAAGAGCUGAUUAUCCUCACAGGAAAUUAUAACUUCUUUAAUCUUCUGACGAUGGCCCUCUGUAUCUCACUUCUAGACGACAGAUACCUGGGCAAAGACAAAAAUGUGUAUCAUGGCACAUCCUUCUCUCGAUUUCUACGGAGUGCUAUCUGUGUGUCUGUCUACGCAGGCCUCUUCUAUGGUGUUAUCCACUAUUUUGAGCUGAAGAUAGAUGUUGAUUCUUUGAGUGUUUCAUCAAAUAUAGCCUUCAGUGAGUAUGAUUUCUUCACUGCACUCACAAAUGUCAUGCCUUAUACUGUGUGGAUGGGUAUCAUUUCUCUGGGAGCUGUGAUAAUAACAGCAUUGUGGAGAUCCGUGACUCUUAGCUCUGGUAUGUUUGGUAAAUGUUGGUCAGUGUUCCUGUGUUGCGUCUUUGCCAUCAUUGCAGUAUUCAUGUUCACAAUAAGCCUUGUACCUCAUUCUGUAGUGGAUCGACAGGCCUAUGACAGUCUUUCUCCAACCGUCCACAAAUGGAAGUCCAAUUUAGACCACCUCCAGGUUGUGAACUCUUAUGGUCUCUUCCGAAGAAUGACCGGGGUCGGAGGUCGACCCGAGGUCAUCGUAGAGGGCAGCAAUAAUAUUGAGAGAGGCUGGAAGGCCUAUGAGUUUCUUUACAAGCCUGGCAAUGUGUCUGAAGCUCCAGUUUGGGUCGCUCCUCACCAGCCUAGAUUAGACUGGCAGAUGUGGUUUGCAGCGUUGGGUUCAUAUCGUCACAACCCAUGGUUCCUCAAUAUGGUCUAUAGAUUACUUACAGAUCAACCAGAAGUACUUGCACUGAUCAAAGAUAGUCCGUUUCCUGAUAGACCUCCCAAGUACAUCAGAGCAACGUUAUUCAACUAUCACUUUACUCAAUAUGGUACGGAGGAAUCUGAUUGGUGGAAACGCGAUGAGGUCAAUGAAUAUCUGCCACCAGUUAGCCUUAAAAACCAGCAGUUCAUGGACAUCAUUCAGAAAAAUGGCAUCAAAUUAAAAAAGACCACGAAGAGCAAAAGCAGCCAUCAGCCCAACUUGUUAGAGCAGUUUGUGGUUUACCUGAGGAGCUUUAUUGGCCAUCUGUCUGGAACAGUAUUAAUCCUUUCCCUAUUCUUGCCAUGUUUAUUCUACUCUUUGUAUUAUAGCUGACAUCCCGAAGGUCAAGUGGCCCUUUAAAAGGUCAAAUAUGCAUGUAUGAGUAGUAUAUGUGAAUCAGAAGGAUAUAAUUUAUGUUAACAUAGUAGUGAAAAUUUUGUUAAAAUCAGUGAGGAAAAUAGAAAAGUGAGGAUUUUGAUUUAAAAAGAAAUGAGAGUGAUAUGCAUAAACAUGGACAUCAUGCAUAGUAGUGAGCCAGUGAUGUAUUAUAAAUUUAAGUUUGUUCUCUUGAUCACCAUUUACCAUUAUAAUCACUAUCACCGUGAUCAUCAUCAUCAUCACCACCAUCAUCAUCACCACCAUCACCA